CAAUAAGAAAUGAAUUACUAAUCGAAGAUAAACAAGAUGAUAAACCAAAUAUGGAAAUCGACGCGACCAAACACAUGAUGAUCCAAAACAACCCUGAAACUAUAAAAGAACCCCAAAAUCGACUAACAGAAAAACCCCAAAACCAAUAA